GACGUUGUCAUAAGACGGGUUGAAAAAAAAAUUGAAAAGGGUUGUAUAGGUGAAAUUCUUUAGGGAAGAAGACUACGGUUGAAAGUGUGAAGCAGGGAAGUCUUUCUCCUCUUAAGUUGUUUCGCCGUAGUCGAAACCUUCAUUGGAGAAAGAACACACAAAUCAACGUAACAGUGAGAGUAAUCGAAGAGUAAGAAUGCCAUUUAUAAGCCAAGUUGAACGGCAAACAGACUACCGAUUGUUCCCUUCAACUUGCCCUAUUGUUAUUGACAAUGGCAGCUCUUAUUUCCGCAUUGGAUGGGCUGGUGAGUCUGACCCUAGGGUGAUUUUUCGCAACAUUGUUCAGAGACCUCGUCACAAACAUACAGGUGAAACGGUUUCUGUUGUGGGCGAUCAUAAUACUGAAUUGCUGAAAUAUUUUGAUUGUACUCGUUCAGGGCCACGGUCAGCUUUUGAUAACAAUGUUGUCUAUCAAUUCGAAAUCAUGGAAUAUAGAAGAAUGAACAGUCCUAUACAAACUGCCGUUCUUGGUUAUGCUUGUGAUAUCUUCGUGGCUUUUACAUUAGUUCUUGACUUUGGAUUUGAUCGGAUGGGCGUCGAUGAACAUGGGGAUGCUCAGACGGGGAAAAUUAUUGGGCGUGGUAUUGAGAAAGGAGGACUGUACUACUUGGAGGAGACGGUUCAAAAAGGCAAAGCAGUUCUUGCUCACUGGUCAAAGGAAAGACAAUUGUGGACUUGGCAUCGAAGACUUGGACAUUCAUCUAUAGGGUAUCUAGAGAAACUUUUUCCUACUUUAGCUGGGUUGAACUUAGACUUUAAAUUGCAGAUUAAUCAUCCUGUAUUGAUCACUGAAUGCCCCUGCAAUCCAGUUCCCUCACGCUGUAGAAUGGCAGAGCUUCUUUUUGAGUCUUAUGGAGUUCCUUCAGUGGCAUUUGGUGUUGAUGCUGCGUUUAGUUACACUUAUAAUCAGCGUCUUGGUAUAUGUGAUAAGGAGGGGCUUGCUGUUAGCUCUGGAUUCAACACCAGCCAUGUAAUACCAUUUGUUGAAGGAGAGCCUGUUUUUGAAGCGUGUUGCCGGACUAAUGUUGGUGGGUACCAUGUUACUGAUUACAUGAAGCAGCUUCUUUCAUUGAAAUAUCCGCAACAUAUGGCUAAGCUUACCUGGGAGAAAGUGGAAGACCUGAAGAUGGAACACUGUUACAUUGCUCAGGAUUAUGCUUCUGAGGUCAAAUUGUUCAAGAAUGGAACAAAAGAAGCUGAAGAAAAGACCAAGUGUUGGCAACUUCCAUUCACUCCUCUUCCAGUUGAUGAACAACCUUCCGUAGAGGAGCUUGCAAGGAAAGCUGCUAUCAAAGAGAAACAAGGUCAACGAUUGCGAGAAAUGGCUGAGGCAAAGAGGGCUUCACGGAUUCAAGAAUUAGAAAAUGAGUUGCGUGGUUUGGACUUUCUUUUGAGGCAGUUGGAGAAAGUGGAUGAGAGUGAUGUUCCUGCUUUCCUUUCAGACACUGGCUAUAUCUCUAAACAGGAAAUUGAAGCUUCUAUUGCUAAAAUAAACCAGUCUUUGCGAAAAGCUAAGCGUGAACAAGUGGAACUGGAGGAGAAGGCAGAUGCUGCAACAGCCGAAAAGUUUCCACUUGUUGAUGUCCCAGAUAACAUGCUGACUCCAGAGCAGCUAAAAGAGAAAAAGAAGCAGAUCUUUCUUAAGACUACUGCUGAAGGCCGUCAGCGAGCUAGACAGAAACGUGCCGAAGAGGAAUUACAAAGAGAGAAGCAAAACCAACUAGAGGAAGAAAAACGUUUACAAAACCCAGAACUUUAUCUAGAGCAGCUGCGAACAAAAUACAAAGAACUUUUAGAAAAAGUUGAGCAAAAGAAACGAUUGAAGACAAAUGGGAACACCUCAAAUGGAAAUAAUACAUCUGGCGGUGUCGGUCGUGGUGAGAGAAUGAAUCCUGCUAAGAAAGAGAGGAUGCGCCUUUUAACAACAGCUGCCUUUGACAGAGGGAAAGGUGAAGAUACCUUUGGCGCUAGAGACGAAGAUUGGGAACUUUACAAACUAAUGAGCAAAGAUAAUGACGAUGAGGAAGAAGGUCCUGAUGAAGAUGAGACCGAGUUAACACGUAUUUCUUCUAAACUUCAGGAACUUGACCCAGCCUUCAAUCCAAAAUCAGAGUCUGCAUCGUAUCAAACUGCUGAUGCUCCUCGUCCCCGUUCUCUCACCAAGGAGGAUUUCCAAAUCCAAAUAGGGGUUGAAAGGUUUCGAUGCCCAGAGAUCUUGUUCAACCCUAAUAUAGUUGGGAUUGAUCAGUCGGGAUUAGAUGAAAUGAUCGGGGUAUCCCUUAGGAGGUUUUCGCCUAAGGGCCAAGGUUUGGAGGAGAAGUUGACGAGCUCCAUACUUUUGACUGGUGGGAGUUGUCAAUAUCCUGGGAUGAGCGAACGCUUGGAAGCUGGAGUUCGCAUGAUUCGGCCAUGUGGGACUCCAAUAAGGGUGGUUAAGGCAGCAAAUCCUGUUUACGAUGCUUGGCGAGGGGCUUCUUUAUAUGCAUCAUCAUUGGAUUUCCCACAGCAAAUAGUCAGUAAACUAGAGUACGAAGAAAUGGGGGAAGAUCGGUUUAGGAGAUACAAGUUCAGGUAUACUCUAUGACCACUUGUGCUCUGGAUGAAGUGGUUUUCUAUCGGAGUAAUAUAUACGGUUCUUAGUUGUAUAAGGUUGUGUUUGGAAACAAGUAAUUCAUUUCAAAUUGUAGAUUUCAAUUAUGAAAUCUUGAAUGAAGAAUUUCAGAAUGAUAAAGUUUGAAAAGUCAUUUUUAAAUUCUUAACUUUACUUUUAAAACAACGAUGGUAUUGACUCAAAUUCAAAAUUACUCAUUGAUAAUUCAAAUAUUAAAUUUGAGUCAAUUUUAGAUUUUCAAAUGAAAUCAUCAUUUCGAAUUUCAUAUAUUUCUUUUAUAGAUGAACCCAUUGGUACGAUCUUUUAGCUAGAACUUAAGUUAUAGUUUAGCACAUUGUCUGCCUAGAUCUAGUUUUGUUAAUAGGAAGCGGCGAGGUUACAAUUGCCCUAAUGUUGUACAUAUUCUUGAAUAAUUAUUGAUUUACUAUUCGUUUCACCA